AUGGUGAAAUCAUCGAUCGACUUCAAUGCGAUCGCUCCAAGAUUGAACGCUCCAACUCAAACUGAAGCUGUUGCAAGAGAAACAGAAAUUGCCCAAAACAAGAUUCUAUAUUCUGCAAAGCUCAACGAGAACAUGCAAAGAUCAGCAUACUUCGAGACAAACAAGAGAACCGUCAAAUCAAACAUCAUGUUGCAGUUUGUGACAAAGGCGAUGGAUAUCAAGCUUCGAGGUGAAGCCGAUUUCACGACUACUCUUGAAGAUGCGAUCGAAUCUUGA